UCGCCGCCGAGCGCCCCAGCGCCCUCGUUCGUCUUCCUCCUCGCGCAUGACUGGAUUCCAGACUUCCAGUAGCGCCAGCCGCCAGCGCCGCCGCCGGUUGGUACCCCCUUCGAUUCUCUCGCUCCCGAUCGUUUCUCCUCCCAGCACCCCACGGUCCGAUUCUGCACUUUAGCUCCCCGUUUCAUCUCCAAUCUGCUCCGAUUCGUAACAGAGGCAAAAAAUCAAGGUAGGGCGGCCCCUACCGAGUCCUCCGCCAUGGCCAGCGAGAGCAGCACGAGGCGGCUCCUGUUCGGCGGCGCCAUCUCCAGCACCUUCCCCGUCCGGUUCCAGGAUGUGAGCAACAUUCGCGAGGUUCCCGACCAUCAGGAAGUUUUCGUUGAUCCUUCCCGUGACGAGAGCCUCAUCUUCGAGCUGCUCGACCUCAAGGGCGAAGUGGAGGACGGCGGCAGCGCGCUCUGGUUCCUGCGCGACGUUGCCAACGAGCAAGAUGCGGGGGAUAGCAUGGUGGUCGAGCACUCUGGGACAGUUCAACUAGCUGGUCUGCGGGUUGGAGAAGCAUCUGUAGUGGCUGGAACUGCAAUUGGCAAGCUGGCGGUUUCAAAAGGGAGACAGGGCAGAGAAGCACAGAACAUUAUUCGAGUUUACUUGGCAAACAUACGUCUGAAGAAUGCAGCAACAGAUGUAGUUAUCACCGCAUAUGAGCCACUUUUAAUAAACCCGUUGAGUGAGAGCGCCCAGGAGGUUGCGGCUGGACCAGCAGUACCUGCAGAAGAAGCAGGAUGCUUACCGAUGUCUGAGGUCUUCAGACUUGCGGUGAUGAACUUUGAUGUCCAUGAUUGGAACCUUUUCAAUGGCAGUGCUUGAAACAGAGGUGGUGGUGAAUCAUUGUAGAGGCAUUUUUCGAAGAAAAUCUGUCGAUUUGCAGUAGCAUUUUCCGAAAGAUGAUAAUUAUGGUGGCAUAUAUCAAGUCAACCCAUUUUUUAUGGGCUUUUUAUUGAUAUGCCUCCAAAUCGUGCCGGGUUCCAUUAAGAGCAGCACAAUGGAACAGCUUUCUGUAGCUUAAAAGCACUGAACAAUCCCUUUAUGUCCGUAAAUGUCUCGCUGACAAUCCAUCUAAGCAUUCACUGAUACAAAACGUACCAUCACAUGAAACAUUGUAUGUGUUCCUUUCCAUUUCAUCUUUCUUGCA